AUUCUUCCUUAAUAUUCAUGAGACCAGCCCAAAAAUGAGAGUCUCCUGAUUUUCUCACGGCUUGAGUAAGUGAUUUGGAUCCUAAAUAUUUAUUUUUAGAAGUUGUUGCCAUGUACCGUCUUGAUUCAAUAACUUAAAGAGCCACUUGCUGAGUAAACAAAUGUUCUUAGUGGCUAGAUUAGCUACCCCCAAGCCACCAACCUCCUUAGGUUGACAAAUAAUAUUCCAUUUUGCAAGUCUGUAUUUCUUUUUAAAUUGGCCAUUUUGCCAAUAGAACCGAGAGCGGAUGGCAUCUAGUUUUUUUUAACACCCCGAUAGGCACCUCAAAAAAGGACAUCAUGAAAAUAGGGAGGCUGCUUAAGACUGAAUUAAUGAGCACUAGACGACCUUCGGAAGAAAGUAAUUUACCUUUCCACAUAGCUAAUCGUUUUUCGAAUCUAUCAAUAACACUGCCACUCACUAUUUCGUAACCUGCGAUGGGUCAUAGGGAUUCCAAGGUAUUUGAGAGGAAAAGAACCGAUCCCACAACCAAAAAGACAAGAAUAAUCCAUUUCAUGAUCCUUAGCUAACCCAUAUCAAAAAAGCUCACUUUUGUGAAAGUUGAUUUUCAAACCUGACAUCUGCUCAAAAGCGGUCAGGAGAAGUUUCACAUUUCGUGCUUGAUCCAAGUUAUGAUCCAGAAAAACAACGGUAUCAUCCGCAUACUGGAGGAUAGAAAGGCCACCAUCCACUAGAUGAGGAACCACACCCGUGAAUUGGUUAUUUACCUUUGCUCUUAAAAAUAGAAUUGGCAACAUGUCCGCAACUAUAUUAAAGAGAAUCGGAGAGAGAGGAUCACCUUGAUGGAGACCCUUAUGAGUAGAAAAGAAAGGGCCAAUUUCAUCAUUAACUUUAACCCCCGCAUGUCCUCCAGAGACAAUUGACUGAACCCAAUCACACCAUUUCUGCGAGAAACCUUUCAUUCACAUAGCUUGUUGGAGGAAGGGCCAUUUUACCUUAUCAUAAGCUUUUUCAAAAUCCAACUUUAGAAUCACUCCAUUCAUUUUUUUCUUAUGAAGUUCAUGAAUAGUCUCGUGGAGCACAAUUACGCCUUCAAGAAUAUUACGACCAGACAUAAAAGCAGUUUGCGAGGGAUUAAUAAUCUUGUCUGCAACCACUCCAAUUCUGUUCGUCAGGACUUUAGUAAUUAUCUUAAAACUAACAUUAAGUAAGCAAAUGGGUCGAUAAUCUUGUUUUUUUAAGGCAUUACAUUUCUUAGGUAAAAGAGUAAUGAUUCCAAAAUUAAGACUAUAGACAGGGAGAGUGCCAUUGUGAAAUUCCAUGAACAAGGCUAGUAAAUCAUCUUUUAUUAAUUAAAACUCAGCCGGAAAACCAUCUGGUCCAGGAGCUUUAUUAUGUUCCAUGUGAAAAAUAGCCUCACGGAUACGAGCCAGAGGCGUCUCUUCACGAAGAGACGGCUCUAAGAUUUUUUUUGCAAAUAACCCCUUAAACACUUUAAGAGACUUUACAUUAAACACCACUGUACAUGCCCUAAGAGAAACCGUCGCGUCACUUCGCCUACACGCACGCACAGCCGCCGUUCCCGCCCAAAACGCGCGCGGCUGUCUAUGGCUACGAAUACGAUACGAGCCUAUCCGCGGUUCCACCACCACACGAGCCGGCCACCCGCUGCCGCUUCUUCCAGCUUCCAAUUCACCGACCGAUCCACCACGCGGACGAUUUCCCCGUCUAUCCUCCACGCGGAGUCGCGGACGCACCACCUCACCGUCGUCUCGCUCUCGCACUCCUUUGGCUUCCUAUAUCUCUGUUCCUCGUCAUUACUUAACGCGGACGGAAGCAAGCACCCCAGGCCAGUGGCCUCUUUUCCGGUCCUUGUCCUUGUGACCUUGUCCUGCUCCUGCCUGAUCUUCCAGCUCCAGACGAGCAGACCCAUCCACGAGUCCUCGGCUCCUCGCCCACCCGCACAUCUCGUCAAGACCGCCUCGCCUCGCCCCGCACCGAGAUCCCCAACUCCCGCGCGCCCCGCACGGUAUGCCGGCCGACCAAAUCUCCGGCUAAACCCCACCCCGCCUUGCCGCUCAUUUUAUGGCGCUCACGCGCGGGCGAGCGCGCACUGCCCCCGCCGUCCCCAGCGCCUGCUUCCUACUACUCCUCCUCCUCCUCCUCACAUCCUCCUCACUCCUCGCCGCCCCCACCAGCGGCAGGGCAGAGUCCGGGGGCGGGUCAGUUCUCGGUGACGCCUCGUCCUCCUCCGGAAAGGCACGGGGGGACAGCUGCGAGGAGCUGCAGUCCAUCAGCGGCGGGGAGGCCCGGUGCGCGUACCUCCGCGCGCAGAACUCGCCCUGCUCCCCGGCGGGGUACGUGGACUACCUGCGCCUCUUCUACUGCGCCUUCGCCGGCGCGCCGGCGGCGGCCGCGUGCGCCGCGCUCGCGCUGUGGCUCGCGGUGCUCUUCUACCUCCUGGGCGACACCGCGUCCGAGUACUUCUGCGCGUCGCUGGAGGGCCUGUCGGCGGCGCUGCGCCUGCCCCCCGCCGUCGCGGGCGUCACGCUGCUCUCGCUGGGGAACGGCGCGCCCGACGUGUUCGCCAGCGUCGUGUCCUUCGCGUCGGGCGACGACGGCGGCGGCGGGGUCGGGCUCGGCAGCGCGCUCGGCGGGGCGCUGUUCGUCUCCACCGUCGUCGCGGGCGCCGUCGCGCUCGCCGUGGGCGCGCGGGGCGGGGCCGUCGUCGAGUGGCGCGGCUUCGUGCGCGACCUCUGCUUCCUCCUCCUCGCGCUCUGCUACCUGCUGGCGGUGCUCGUCCACGGGGAGGUCACCGUCUGGGUGGCCGCGUCGUUCGUCUCGCUCUACGUCGGCUACGUCGUCCUCGUCUGGACCUCCCACUGCUGCACCGAGAAGGGCAAGCCGGCCGCCGACAGCCUCUCGGCGCCGCUCCUCCUCGACGACGACGACGACGUGGGCGACGUCGUCCCGUCGCUGCCGUCCCACACCAAGACGGAGGCGUCCAGCACGGCCACGUCGAGGGUCAUUGCGACGCUGCAUUGCCUCGCGGCCGCGCUGUGCAUGCCGCUGUACCUGCCGCGCCGCCUGACCAUCCCGGACAUCGCGGGGCACCGCUGGUCCCGGCCCUACGCCGUGGCCUCCGCGGCGCUGGCGCCGGUCCUCAUCGCCGUGACCUGGAGCUCGCAGCGCCACAACCCGACGUCGUGGCACGGCCUCGCGGUCCUCGUAGGAGGCGCGCUCCUGGGCCUCCUGCUCGCGGCGCUCGCGGCGGCCACCACGGACGCGAGCUCGCCCCCGCGCGGGCGGAGGCGGCGCGUGCCGUGGCUCGCCGCGGGGUUCGUGAUGAGCGUGCUGUGGGCGUACACCCUGGCGCGCGAGCUGGUGGCGCUGCUGGUGGCCAUCGGGUACGUGGCCGGGAUCAAGCCGAGCGUGCUGGGCGUGACGGUGCUGGCGUGGGGCGACUCCCUGGGCGACCUGGUGUCGAACGUGGCGAUGGCGGUGCACGGCGGGCCCGGCGGCGCGCAGACGGCCGUGUCCGGGUGCUACGCCGGCCCGCUGUUCAACACGGUGGUGGGGCUGGGCCUGUCGCUGGCGCUGGCGGCGGGCGCGCAGCACCCGGCCCCGUUCGCGGUGCCCGUGGACGCGGCGGCGUACGAGGCGGUGGGGUUCCUGGGCGCGGCGCUGGCGUGGGCGCUGUUCGUGGUGCCCGUCCGAGGGAUGCGGAUCGACCGCGUCUACGGGGUCGGGCUCAUCGCUAUCUACCUCUGCUUCUUCGCCGUGCGCGUCUCCGAGACGCUGGGGCUCUGGAGCUAGGACUGGGAAGCCUGCCUGGCCGCGAUCGUUCGUUUGUUUCUUGCUGCUGCUGAUGACCGCUGUGAAUGAUCCAACUGAUGGUGGUGGAUCUAGAUUGAUGGCAAAAUGAUAGGGGUACAGAAAGGAUGAAGGGUAGAUAACCUUGUACGUACUUAUAUUAAUGUAGUGGUAGUAUAUGGUAGAGAGGUGGACAGGUGGUAGCAGUAUACUCCACACGUAGGCGUUGGUUAGUGUCCUGACAGAAGAUUUGUUUUUCCGUCCCCUUCUGUUUUGGAAAAGGGGGGUUCUGUUCUGACUUGUGGCCGGAAAGACUGGCCCGACAACUGUGUGUUACUCACUCAAUAAGCUGCGGGGAUGUUCGUAUCAGUUGAAAGAAAGUUCAAGAUUCGAUCCCA